AUGGAGGCUAUAAAGAAGCAAGCGAGUAAAUUGCGAGAACAAGUGGCCAAACAGCAGCAGGCAAUUUUGAGACAGCUGGGUCACUUGGGCCAGGAAGCGGUUAUGAUUGAUGAUGCUGGAAUGCAGUGUCAUCAACAACUUCAGAAUUUAUACAAAUCUACCCGGGCAGCCAAGCAUUUCCAGAAGGAUAUUGUUCGUGGGGUAGAAGGAGUUAUUUCAACUGGCAAAAAACAAAUGGAGAUAGCCAGAAAGUUGGCUGAAGAUUGUUGCAAAUAUGGUAUUGAGAAUCAAGAUGCUGAUACUCCCCUUGCAAGGGCUGCCUCGGAUUUUGGUACCUCACAUGCGUCAAUGGAAGAUCAAAGAGAAACUUUGCUUGGGAUACUUGGAUAUCAGGUUUCUGAGCCACUUCGCGCAUCAAUAAAUGGUGCUCCUUUGGAAGAUGCGCGUCAAUUGACUCGCUGCUAUGACAAAAUGCAGCAGGAGUUUGAAAUUCAGGCAGCUGAAGUGAUAAGACGUCAAUCUAAAUCUAGAGAGUCUUCUGCCGAAAGUAUCAUGAAGUUGAAAAGUGCUGAAACAAAACUUUCUGAGCUCAAGUCUUCAAUGUUGGCACUCGGGAGAGAAGCAACUGCUGCGAUGUUGUCUGUAGAAGAUCAACAACAGCAUAUAACUUUCCAAAAGCUUCUUACUACUGUAAAUGCUGAGAGAUCUUAUCAUCAAAAUGUUGUUUCCAUCUUGGAGAAGCUACACAGUGAGAUGAUUGCGGAGGAGCAGUUGAAUGACUCUUCACCAAAAUUAGAAAUUCCGCGAAGAGAAGUUAAUAUUCCACGUGCAAAUAAAGAUACUGCUUCAAAUGGAUCCGGUAGUCAGGAAAAUGAGGAUAAAAUUGAUGCACUCUUCCUUGCAAAGGUUAUACGCUCAUUCGAUGCCCAAGCUGAUGGUGAGCUAACUCUUGAAGUUAAUGACUAUGUAGUGGUUCGCCAGAUGGCUUCAAAUGGAUGGUCGGAAGGAGAAUGCAAUGGCAAGGCGGGAUGGUUCCCCUCAGCUUAUGCAGAGAAAAUAGAGAAAAUUCCAGUUAGCAAAAUAUCUGAAGAUGGCUGUCCACUGUAA